AUGAAAAAAGGCUUCACAAAAGAAGUUCAUAAAAUGUCUUACAUACAGCGAUUUAAUGUGCACAAAACGCUUUGGAAAUGUUUUAUUUACAGCGAUUUAAUGUGCGCAUAACGUUUUGGAAAUGUUUUUUUGUGUCCAUGAAAAGGCUAUCAAAAAAACUUCAGAGAAGUUCCUUUUAAGACAUCCCAGGAACAUCCUUAUAAUAGCCGCGUGCGGCGGACAUUGGCUGUUCUAUAAAAGUUCUAUUCAUGUAUUAACAGAACAUCGCAGUGGAUGUUCAAUGUUUCGAAAUCUCUUACUUUUAACAUCUCUGAGAUGUUUUUGUGCUCGCUGGGAUACCAGAAGUAUUAGAUGAAAAAUGUUAGAGAAAUUAGAGACAUGAACCCUGAGACGUUAAGAGACCAGAGAGUGGAGAGAAUGUCGACACUAGAGUUGUGAGAAGAAUUAGAAGUCAAAUUAUAGAGAUUUAGAGUGUGAGAAAACCCAAGUAUAAUAUUUUGAUUGAUGUAAGAGAGGGGAAUCAAAGACUGCUGGACCGGACAAAGUUAUCAGAGUGGUUGAAGAUAUCACUGAUAAACAGCUGGACAUGUUAGAAAGAACAGAAGAAGAGGCCAUAAGAAUAAGUUGGCAGCUGACCAAAUAUAGGAGGCCGCCAACAUACUGUCAUGCAAAGCGCUAGGUCUAUGACUCAGACCCUAGCACAAAUCUCGCAGAACAACUUGGAGACGGAGAAAACACGUCUCAGAAUAUUAGAAGAAGAUUAGAAGAGGCAUUCUGUUCAGAUGGACUCUCAUGCCCAUGAAAAUCCAAGGUGAGCCUGAGACAAAACGGUCAAAAUCUUCCGUGGACAAUCCUAGCACUAGAGGUUCGAAAGCUUGGCAGUACUCAAUAAAGAACUCUAACUGAGACCAAAGAGGAGACUUUUCACCCGAUAUUUUUUUCUAUACUCAUAAAUAUUGUAUCGGAACACAUAGUCCAACCUUCGAGAUCUUCCGCUCUAGAUUCUCAACUUAAGGUAAGAUAUUCGAUAAUGCUUAGUCAAGUAAUUUGUAAUUUUUUUUUUUCAAUUUCCAGACGCUUAUUGCAUUACGUUUUUUUGCCACUGGUAGUUAUCAAAUGGAUGCAGCUUCCAACAUAUUUUUAGCUGUUGGUCAAUCUUCAGUGAGUAGAGCUAUCAAUGAAGUGGUUGGAGUUCUAAAUUUACCACAAGUAUUCAAUACAUGGAUUCAUUUUCCGAUGCAAAUUCAUCAGUUGAAUCAGUUACGUAAUCAGUUCUACCAAAAUCAUGGAUUUCCUGGUGUUGUUGGGUGCAUAGAUUGCACCCAUAUAUUUCCUCCCAAAGUGGACGAUGAGGUCUAUCCAGAAAGAAUUUAUGUAAACAGAAAGGGAUAUCAUUCCAUAAAUGUGCAACUGAUAUGUGACGCAAGAUUGAGAAUUCUCAACAUUAAUGCAAAGUUCCCUGGAAGUACCAACGAUGCUUACAUUUGGCAAAACUCAAACAUAAAUCAUGCUUUUGUUAAUUUGCAUAGGAACGGGAAUACACAGUUUUAUCUCUUAGGAGACUCUGGAUAUGCUCUUAGGCCAUGGCUUCUGACACCUCUCGAAGAUGAUCCUCUACCAGGAAGCGCUGAAGAGAGAUACAACCAAAAACAUAGGAGCACUAGGAGCAUCAUAGAAAGAUGUAACGAUGUGGUCCAUAAAAAAUCACCAAUAACCAGAAACUAUUUUGAAUUCUAUUCGAAAGAGUGGUUCAGGCAUAUUAGGCAGAGGAGAGAGAGGGAUGACAAAAGAAAAGGAAAAUAAUUCUCUUCAAUUUGUUUUUGUAAUUUCUUUUUAUUAUGUUUAAUGUUGUUUUUUUUUGUUUAUUUACCGUAUUUCGUAUUAUAUUUUAAUCUGUUCGUUUUUCGUUAUGUUGAAUGUUGUUCUUUUCUCGUUUAUUUUCCCAAUUUGUAUUCGGAUUUGUAUAAUAUUAUAAAAUGUUUUUUUCAUUAUGAAUGGGAGAUUUCUUUUCUUGUUUAUUUUCCUUUUUCGUACCUUUAAUAGUUAUAAGUUUGUUUUUCAUUUUUUUUCAAUGUUAAAUGUGAUAUUCCUUUUUUUGUACCUGCUUAAUUGUGAUAUUAAAAUAUUUUCAAGCAUAUAUAUAGUACUUUUUAUUUUUAUUUUAUCUGAAAUGUAAUUUCACUUGUUUACAAGUAUUUCUUUUUGUAUCAAAUAGAUAUUCAUAAAAUGCUUAAACGCAAAGCAGUUGCAGCCGUCUUAUUAGUGGGUAAAAUAGGUGAUUCUGAUUCAUCGAAUAUUGAAAAAAUAUUUUUAAUGAGUGCCAGUGCUAAUAAAAGUACUAAUAAUAAUUACAUGACCAUAAAAAUGUUUGUGAAAGAGAAGCAGACAAGGAUUUCAAAUUAUUUUGAAAAUUGGGUUGACAGAUAUCUGGACUAUGAUUUUUACCUUCAUUUUCGUAUGACUAGGGAAACAUUUAAAUUAUUAUCAAGAGAAGUCGACUCCCAAACAAAAUAGUAAUGCAGAAUCGGAGGAUAGAAGGAGACAGAACUAAUAACCAGACAGCGGACCG